AUGUCUCUGAGCCCCCCUCGUGCCAGAACCAACUCCCGCCCUCGGCCAAUCUACCAGGUCUACUGGUGCUACCAAUGCCAAAGGCAAGUCCGCAUCACCUCCACACCUGACCCGAUCAUCUGCCCGCGCUGUUUCGGACAGUUCCUCGCCGAAAUGGACAUCACCUUCCGCCCCACUCGCCGCUUCACCGACUAUACUGACUUCGACUCCACCCCUGGAGCUCGUUUGCUUGAAGCUCUCUCCCUCAUGCUCGACCCGCCCAUCAGCCUUUUCGAUAGCGGACUACUUGACCCAGAGCCUGAAACCCGACGUCCCGGCCCCAGCAGGCGUAGAAGGCACCGCAGUUUCGAUGAUGAUAUAGAGCGCGGGGACCCGACACACCCGGAACUCGGUACCAGAAACCGACCAAGGACUUGGAUCAUUGUCCGACCUGUCAACGACGACCCCAUUCAGCCUCUUCCUAGAGCAAGAGAUACUCAAAACCCGGUGUUACCGGUUCCACGAGGAGCUGAUCCGGGGAACUAUUUUUUCGGGUCGGGGCUCCAGGGACUCAUUGAGGAGCUGACGCAAAACGACCGGCCUGGACCGCCACCCGUACCUGAACCCACAAUCAACUUAAUCCCGAGCGUUAAAGUUACCGAGGCUCAUUUGAGUAAUGACACUAAUUGUCCUAUUUGCAUGGAUGAGUUUAAGGUGGGCGGAGAAGCGAGAGAGUUGCCAUGCAAGCAUAUAUACCACGGUGAGUGCAUUGUGCCCUGGUUGAGGCUUCACAAUUCUUGCCCUGUUUGCCGGGUUGAGAUUCCGGUUUCGACCGCCGAGGAGUCGGAGGGCUCGAACAGCGGUGGAGGGAGCGGUGGAGGGAGGAGGGGAAGGCGGGGCGGGAGGUGGAGCCGGUUUCGGUCGUUGUGGCCAUUUCGGGAAAGAUAUCGCCGGAUUGAGCCGCAGGAUGAAAAUGAUGAUGCUCAUAGCGCUACUUCUAGAGUUGCUAACCCAUGGUGGCAUCAUUGCUCCAUUCUUUAGCCUUUAACGUUGGUUGCUUCAGUAGCUUUCAGUAUCAUCAUGUUAUUACGAAAUUGAUCACUCCAACAAAUCAGGUAACAUUAUGUAAACAUCCUAGUGUUAUAGUUCAAAUCUAGAGUUUUGCAUCAUACACUAGUUGGAUAUCCAAUAAGGCAGUAACCUUCUCUCCAGGGUCAAAAGCUGGUCCAAAACACACCGCGCAGCAAAAUUUCUA